AGCAGCUUCAUCCCUAUGAAUUUUAGGAGAGGAACUAACAAAACAACCUCCGGGAUCUUACAUGUAAGCGAAGCAGCGUCCGCCGGCCUGACUGAGGAGCAGAAGGAAUUCCAAAAAGUUGCCCUUGAUUUUGCUGCCAAGGAGAUGGCUCCUCACAUGGCCGAGUGGGAUGAGAAGGAAAUAUUCCCCGUGGAAACAAUGCGGAAGGCGGCCCAGCUGGGAUUCGGUGGGAUCUACGUGAAACCAGACGUGGGUGGCUCUGGAUUGUCACGACUUGAUACCUCCAUCAUCUUUGAAGCUUUAUCAACAGGAUGUACCAGCACCACCGCUUACAUGAGCAUCCACAAUAUGUGUGUUUGGAUGAUCGACACCUUUGGCAACGAGGAACAGCGGCGCAGGUUCUGCCCAGCACUCUGUAGCAUGGAAAAAUUUGCCUCUUACUGCCUGACUGAGCCAGGAAGUGGAAGUGAUGCAGCUUCCUUGCUGACCUCAGCUCAGAGGAAAGGGGACACCUACGUCCUGAAUGGCUCCAAGGCCUUCAUCAGUGGAGGGGGUGACACCGAUGUCUACGUGGUCAUGUGUCGCACAGGAGGCCCAGGCCCCAAGGGCAUCUCCUGCCUGGUGCUGGAGAAGGGGACACCAGGGCUCAGCUUUGGCAAGAAAGAGAAGAAGGUGGGCUGGAAUUCCCAGCCAACUCGGGCUGUCAUCUUCGAGGACUGUGUUGUUCCUGUUGGCAACCGGCUGGGAGCCGAAGGGCAGGGCUUCAGCAUUGCCAUGAAGGGACUGAACGGAGGCAGGAUAAAUAUUGCUUCGUGUUCGUUAGGAGCUGCUCAUGCCUCCGUCCUUCUGGCUCAGGAACAUCUCGCUGUCCGCAAACAGUUUGGAGAACCCCUGGCGAAGAAUCAGUACCUGCAGUUCAGGCUGGCGGAGAUGGCCACGCGCCUGGUGGCGGCACGGCUCAUGGUUCGCAACGCAGCACGGGCGCUGCAGGAGGGACGGGAGGACGCGGCGGUGCUCUGCUCCAUGGCCAAGCUCUUCGCUACCGACGAAUGCUUUGCGAUCUGUAACCAGGCUCUGCAGAUGCACGGGGGCUACGGCUACCUGAAGGAUUAUGCUGUGCAGCAGUUUGUGCGAGAUAUCAGAGUCCACCAGAUCCUGGAAGGUACCAACGAGGUGAUGCGGAUGAUUGUGGCCAGGAACCUGCUACAGGGCUGAAGCCAGGAGCUAAUCUCUAGACUUAAAAUUACUUGGUCUGUUACACUUUGGUCUGUUUCACCUUGGUCUGUUUCCCUCCCCUGUUCUCCAGCUCUCUCUCCCAGGGAGCGGGGAGGGGGAUACCCCAGUGGAAACAGUUUUUUCUGCCUUAUAUUGACUGGGGAGCACAGCUGGAUGACACCCACAGCUGCACUCUGUGCCUGGCAGAGCUGCUGUUACCAGGCUGAGGACAGACAUCACCGCGGUGAAUACCAGCCUCUGUCCCCGAUUCUUGCCGGCGGGCUGCUUGCCAGCCAUCCUUCUGGGAAACACGAGACCUGUUGGCCGUUCUCUGCCAAGUCAGGACUGAAGCAGGAACUUCAGGCAGGGGCGCACAGGGCUCUUUUAUCGAGGAAACCUUUAGUUAGAGGGAACUAGUUGCUCUGCUUCAAAACCUGGGUGCUAAUUGCACCGCUGGGAUGAAGUCCAGCCACUCUAACCGCUUGGAGAGUGCGGUGGCUUUUCAACCGAGGAGCAGGAUGCCUCUCCUUCAGCUACAAGCACUCCUCUUCCUCUUUGCCCAGCACGCCUUUUCCAAGGUACCACCGCUGCCUGUCCUUCUCCCUCUUCCUGCCGCACAUUCGUAUCUUUCUCUAUCUCCUCCUGGUACAGAGGUACAAAUCAAAAACUAAGGGUCCCGCACAGAAAUAUUUAACUGUUGCCUCAAAUCACUACUCCCACCUGCGUACAAGGGAAGGGGUGGGGGGGAAGUAAAAACUAUGGUUAAUUCAAAUUAUUAUUAUUAUUAUUAUUAUUAU